AAUAAAAUAGAUCAUCCUAUAUAUAGGAGCUUUUAAUGGAAGACGAUGACUCUCCUUCUUCUCGGGAUUUGGAUGCACAGAACCCUUAUGAUCGAUUGCUUGCUCUAGAUACAAGUACCGUAGAUUCAAAUUGUAACUUGGAUUCGGUUUCUGCUAUUUAUUUAGCGAUGAAGAGCUCGAAGCUGGAAUGUGUUGAUGAGCGUGGCCAAGAUUCCCUUAUAACCUCGGUAUGCAUGGAGGAUGAAGAGGAUGAGGAACUCGAUGAGUUUGAUCCUUAUCUGUUUAUCAAGAACUUGCCGAACUUGUCUUCUGUUGUCCCAACUUUCAGGCCGGUCUUGCUUCCUAAACAAACCCGAAGCUGUCCUCCUAUUUCUCUAGUCCUAGACCUUGAUGAAACUCUUGUGCACUCGACUCUAGAACCGUGUGGUGAGGUGGAUUUCACAUUCCCUGUAAAUUUUAAUGAAGAAGAGCAUAUGGUGUAUGUGCGGUGCCGUCCUCACCUCAAAGAGUUUAUGGAGAGAGUUUCCCGUCUUUUUGAGAUCAUUAUAUUUACAGCUAGCCAAAGCAUUUAUGCCGAGCAACUUCUGAACGUACUUGACCCUAAGAGAAAGCUCUUUCGCCAUAGAGUGUACCGUGACUCCUGUGUUUUCUUUGAUGGUAACUACCUAAAGGAUUUGUCAGUCCUUGGGCGUGAUUUAUCUCGUGUUAUCAUUGUUGACAACUCCCCACAGGCAUUUGGUUUCCAAGUGGAGAAUGGGGUUCCAAUAGAGAGCUGGUUUAAUGACCCAUCAGAUAAAGAACUCCUUCACUUGCUCCCAUUUCUUGAAAGCUUAAUUGGAGUUGAAGAUAUAAGGCCAAUGAUCGCCAAGAAAUUCAAUCUAAGGGAGAAGAUCGAUGCAGCUGUAGCUGCACCUGAAUAUCCUGUCGAGGCGGGAGAUCCUUUCGAAAGGUUAGACGACUCUACUAGACCUAUGAUUGAUCCUAGCCCUAUUCCUAGUACUAGCCCUAGCCCUGCCUCGACUUCUUCCGUAUCUUCCUCCGGUUUUGGUAACGCUUCCACGACAAUGCCGAGACUGGAAACAUUUGAGCCUGUUGGCCGUGAUCUGGCGGCUGUGGACGGUGUUGAUUUCAAUUUGAUGGAGGAGGAGUAUCAAGUCCAGUUAGCUAUGGCGAUCAGCGUCUCUGAUCCUGAUCCGAGAGAGAAUGCAGAUACGGCUCAGCUUGAUGCCGCUAAGAGGAUUAGCCUUGGUGUUUCGGCUCCGGUCACCGACGCUGAUUCCGCCGUUGACUUUCUUUCGCUUCGUUAUUGGGGACAUAAGGUCAUUAAUUAUGACCAGAAAGUCAGGGAUGGUUUUUACGAUGUGUAUGGGAUUACUUCCAAUUCUCUUUCACAGGGGAAGAUGCCACUUCUUGUGGAUCUUCAAGCGAUCUCUAUUUCAGACAAUGUUGAUUAUGAGGUCAUUUUGGUUAACCGAUUGAUUGAUCCUGAACUACAAGAGCUAGAGAGGAGAGCAUCCGCUUUGGCUUCGGAAUGUCCAGACUUUGCCCCUGGUCAGGUGUCAAGUGAUUUGACUCAGAAAAUUGCAAAUAUAGUUGUAGAGCAAAUGGGUGGCCCCGUUGAAAAUGCUGAUGAAGCAUUGAGAAGGUGGAUGCUUCGGAGCUAUGAACUAAGGAAUUCUUUGAACACUACUAUUCUUCCACUUGGUCGAGUUAAUGUUGGUCUUGCACGACACAGGGCUUUGCUUUUCAAGGUCCUUGCUGAUAGGAUUAAUCUCCCAUGUAUGCUGGUAAAAGGCAGUUACUACACUGGAACUGAUGAUGGGGCUGUGAACUUGAUUAAACUAGAUGACAAAAGUGAAUACAUUAUUGAUUUAAUGGGUGCUCCGGGUGCUCUGAUCCCUUCUGAGGUUCCAAGCAGUUUUCUUCCAGUUUCUUGCACAGAUACAAGAGUAUUUCCUGAGGAUUUGGACUCGUUGCAACAUUCAUCCCCCGUACUUGAGAAAGAAAUUGAAAAGCCAGCAUUUUCAGUUUUGGGGGAAGAAGAUUCUAGAUCUGGUAUGGGGGCAAACUUCUUCACUGGAAACCAUGAAGAAAAUAGUGACAGAUAUGCUGUUGAAAAACAUCAAACAGAGAGAUUUGAACAUGAUUUUGGGAAGUUAAUGCAAUCACAGCAGAUAUCUGGUGAAAAUUUGCCGCCAUUUUCUGGGAAACCGACUUGUGCACAGAAAGUUAAAGUUAAGAAUGUCUCAAAGUAUGUCAUAAGUGCAGCAAAGAACCCUGAAUUUGCGCAGAAAUUACAUGCUGUGUUGUUAGAAAGUGGUGCAUCACCUCCCCCAGAUUUGUUUAUGGAUAUUAACCCACAUAACUUGAGGGGAAAGAAUUUGCUUCAAGAAUUCCGCCAAGAAAGUAGCAAUUCUAUGGUUUCUGGUAUUUCAUGCUACCCAGAGAAGGUCGCAGAUCCGUUAGGUGAACAACUGAGAGAAUCUGAAAGGAACAAAAUAGCUGAGAGCUACCAACAAUCAGUGGAGGUCGAUUUGUCAAUGAAGAGAACCUUUGAUGUGGAUAAUACUGGUAAAGCUUCUUCAUCCGAAAAUAUGGAGGUUGGCACUGCUGAUGGGGAGCCUGCUGUUUGUGAUAGUCAUGACCAAGGGAUUAAUCCAUUGCUCGGAGAAGCUGCAAAGUGGGAAAUUAUGUGGGAAGAUCUUCAGAUUGGCGAGCGCAUUGGUAUUGGUUCAUAUGGAGAAGUUUAUCGUGCAGAGUGGAAUGGAACUGAAGUGGCUGUUAAGAAGUUUCUGGACCAAGAUUUCUCUGGUGAUGCAUUGACACAGUUCAAAUCUGAAAUUGAAAUAAUGUUGAGGUUACGGCAUCCAAACGUUGUUCUUUUCAUGGGAGCAGUUACUCGGCCGCCAAAUUUCUCCAUCCUGACAGAGUUCCUACCCAGGGGAAGUUUGUAUAGAUUACUCCAUCGACCGAACCAUCAGCUUGAUGAGAAGAGGAGAAUGCGGAUGGCUCUUGAUGUGGCAAAGGGAAUGAACUACUUACACACCAGCCACCCGACUGUUGUACAUAGGGAUUUAAAAUCUCCAAACCUUCUUGUUGAUAAAAAUUGGGUUGUGAAGGUUUGUGAUUUUGGAUUGUCCCGCAUGAAACACCACACUUAUUUGUCCUCAAAAUCAACUGCAGGAACGCCAGAAUGGAUGGCUCCAGAAGUUUUGAGGAAUGAACCGGCUAAUGAGAAAUGUGACGUGUACAGCUUUGGUGUUAUAUUGUGGGAAUUAGCUACUUCACGCAUCCCCUGGAAGGGUUUGAACCCAAUGCAAGUCGUUGGAGCUGUGGGAUUCCAGAAUAGACGCCUUGAAAUCCCAGAUGAUAUCGAUCCAACUGUUGCACAGAUAAUCCGUGAAUGUUGGCAAACGGAACCGCAUUUACGGCCAUCGUUUACACAACUGAUGCGAAGUUUGAAGCGGCUUCAGGGUCUAAACAUAAGCAACAGAUCGAACACGAGUGAAAGUUUGAUAGGUGCCAUUAGUUCCGGCGAAUUCAUAUUCGCACCAACAGUUUCGGAUGACUCGUUCUUUAUUAUCAGUUACGAUCCCAAGGAAGAUAUCGGCAGAAGAGUUGAGAUUGAAGGAAUUGGAGCUGGCUCGAAUUGUGUGACAAGCUUCUUGGAUUAUGUAGAGUGUCCUAUAUUUCUCUAAAGGAGUCUAUUUGUAUGGUUUGAUGACUAGCUGGUUUUUGUUCAGAUCUCUGGUUUCAUAGAUUUAUCUAGUUCAAUGGUUCUGGCUUGAUUAUGUUUAAGUUUUCUCUAGAACUUAUGUUUUUCUUAUUUGGUUAUCUUUGGAGAGAACCAGCAGUUCUUAUACAAGAUUUUCUUGCUCAUCAAGUUUGUGUAUAAAGGAUCCUUGCCAGA